GAGCCUCGUGAAAAUCUAUUUAUUGUAGAUCUUUCCCUAAAAAGUACCGAAGAAAAUUUAAGUUGUUUUUUUUUUUAAUUUUCAAAAUUUGUUGGGGCUUUGAAAAAGAAACUCAUGACCAGAAACGGCACUAAGAAACGGGUGGAUGCCCCCGCCACCCCAUCGCGAAGGUUGAGCAAGAGGAUCCAAGGCAGGAAGCCAGUGCAUGUCCUCAGUUCAAGCCUCCUUCGACGCAUUUGUCGCAUACCGCCCAAAGGAAAACGGGUCUAUAUGAAGGCGAAGGUCUGGUACCUCAAUCCUCAGUUCAGAAAGUCCUUCGAGGCUGGCUCCGUUUGCAGCGUGUGCCGCGAGGUGCAUCCGCCACGAGGAUCCGACGAGCAGGCUCCGGUGAAAGUUCAGCAGGAAGUCCAAACGGAGGAGGUCUGCACUUCCAGUUCCAGUUCCAGUUCCAGUUCCAGUUCCAGUGGUGAUCUGACCAGCAAGGAUUAAGCCCAUUGAAGGUCUCUUCUGGACAUCUCCACAACCGUAAAGUGUCUACUCGUGAGAUCUGCUCAAUAAACAGCGUGUUUUAGGGCGUGGCCUUUCGGAGGCGAGCAGGAAGCCCACUGUUUUUCCGCUCUUCCAUUCACUUGGUG